AUGUGGUAUGAAGCCGGUGAUUGUCCAAACUCUUUUCUCCAUGCAAACACAAGUCUCCUAUUGACUAAGGUAGCCCCGACGCUGGAACAAAGAAUACAUCCGCACCAAAACGGGUUCGUUCUCGAACGUCACAUACAUGAUACACUGGAUUUGUUUGCGGCUGCACAAGCAAUGGCAAAGUCAUUUCCAGAAUCAAAUCAUGCAAUUGCGGUUCUGCUCGAUUUUGCUAAGGCCUAUGACUCUAUUCCGAGAAUUGUUGUAUGUGGCACUCACGCGACACGGAUAUCCGUCACAUUUUGUUCGCGUAAUUGA